CCAACUCCAACUCCAACAAUCCUCAUCCCACUCAAUUCUCCCUCCAACCAACAUACCACACCUCCACUCCGAAACAACUUCCCACUUAGGAAUAUCACCGAUUGCUCUAAUGUCUCUAGAAACUUUCCCGUACGGGGACCACGACCUCCAGACCGUGACAGUCGCACGCCCAUACCCCGCACCAGCAAGCACCGAAAAUGAUACCAGCUACUGGGUGAUUCUAAUCCACGGCGGCGCCUGGCGUGACCCAACCCAAACCGCAACAUCCUACCUAACCCCGGCGCUAUCUAUCCUCUCCUCACAACAACAACUACAAUCAGCAAUAACCGGCAUCGCCUCAAUAUCCUACCGUCUAAGUGCCCACCCCUCACACCGUCAAGACCUGUCAAAUAUCUCACCUACCUCCGACCGCACGGCAAAGCACCCAGACCACGUAGCCGACAUACAAACCGCACUAUCGUUUCUCGAAGCGAAAUACAAUAUCGGGAAGCGAUACGUACUUGCGGGACACAGCUGUGGGGCGACACUCGCAUUUCAAGCUGUUAUGAAGCCUUUGGCGCCUCUGACGUCCAACGCAGGUGCUGGGUAUGAGCAUCCCCAAGCGAUCCUGGGAAUGGCGGGGAUAUAUAACCUGCGGCUUUUGAGGGAUUCACAUAAGGAUAUAUCUGCGUACCAGGAGUUUAUUGAAGGAGCUUUUGGGGAUGAUGAGAAUGUGUGGGAUGCUGUGUCGCCGGGCGUUGUUGGAGUUGAUGCCUGGGAGGAGGGGAGGGUUGUUGUGUUGGCCCAUUCAGAUAGUGAUGAGCUUUGUGAUGUUGCUCAGAGCGAGGGGAUGAAACAGCGUUUGCGGGGUUGGGAGGAGGGUAGAUCUAAUGGGCAGAGGAAGGUACAUUUGCUUUCUAUUGAGGGGAAACAUGAUGAGGCGUGGGAGAAGGGCGCGGAACUUGCGAGGGCGAUUGUAUUUACUCUUUCGCGGCUAUAGGAAAUGGGGGGUGGUAUGAGAUAGCGUAUCCGUGGAUGUGCAUUGCAUUGUAAGAGUAGAUAUCAUUCGAUUUCGUUGUCCCAAGUUAUGAACAGUAGGUAUCACGAAACUAGUACACAUUAGAAAGGAAAAGGAAGAAAGAAAGAGAAGAAAAGAAAGCAGGCCGGCCGUUUGCAAAAGCUUCAACUCCCCCAUGAUCGUUGAUCGUUAUGUACUCGCACAAUAUGAAACGGAAAAAAGAAAAAAAAAAGAAGAAAGCAGAAAAAACCAUACGCCUAAUGCUUGGGCUGCCAACCACGAAAAGGAAAGAAAAAAUCGACCAGAUGGAUGGACAAGAUGAACACCCGCCCC